GCCAUGGUCAACCCCACCAUGUUCUUCAACAUCGCUGUGAAUGGUGAGCUUUGGGGCCAAGUCUUCUUUGAGCUGUUUGCAGACAAAGUUCCAAAGACAGCAGAAAAUUUUUGUGCUCUGAGUACUGGGGAGAAAGGAUUUGGUGAUAAGGGUUCCUGCUUUCACAGAAUUAUUCCUGGGUUUAUGUGCCAGGGUGGUGCUGUCACACACCAUAAUGGCACUGCUGGCAAGUCCAUUUAUGGGGAGAAGUUUGAUGAUGAGAACUUCAUCCUGAAGCAUACGGGUCCUGGCAUUUUGUCCAUCAUCAGUGCUGGACCCAACACAAAUAGUUCCCAGUUUUCCAUCAGCACUGCUAAGACUGAGUGGCUGGAUGGCAAGCAUGUGGUCUUUGGCAAGGUGAAAGAGGGCAUGGAUAUUGUGAAAGCAAAGGAGUCCAGGAAUGGCAAGACCAGCAAGAAGAUCACCAUUGCCAACUGUGGAAGAGUCUAA